AUGCAACCUGUGUACCCAUCGGAUUCUUGUGCAACCGAGCCGCGUCCAUCCUCCCCGUGCAAGGCAUGGCAUACAGUCAACGGAGAGAAACCUCACACCCUAAAUCCAAGUCAAUCCCAAAGCCCAGAACUUGGUCAGGAAAAACAAACAACUGGUGAUGAAUUGGGGCCCCUUUAUAGUGUCCUGCCAAAUGGCGAAAAGACUUUCGUUAUUAUGACGGGAUCCUUUGCGGCCCUAAUUUCACCUCUUUCUAGCAGUAUUUAUCUACCAGCGCUCCCCUCCUUGGCUAACGACAUGGAUGUUUCUGUGUCGCUGAUAAACCUGACUAUCACCACAUAUCUGAUAUUCCAAGGUCUCGCACCUUCUUUCAUUGGCAGCUUUUCUGAUAUUUAUGGGCGUCGUCCUGCAUAUAUCAUUGCAUUUGUCAUUUAUCUUGGAGCUAAUGUUGGCCUCGCUUUGCAAAACAACUUCACGGCCCUAAUGAUUCUGCGCUGUAUGCAGUCCUCGGGCAGUAGUGGCACAAUUGCACUGGGAAGCGCUGUUGUAGCCGAUCUAUCAACCCGCGCCGAGCGAGGAAAGUAUAUUGGAUAUGCUGGAAUUGGAAUAGCACUAGGACCGACACUUGGCCCCGUUAUCGGUGGUUUAUUGGACCAUUUCCUGGGAUGGCGAUCCAUAUUUUGGUUUCUGGUCAUUCUAUCUGGUGUUUGCUUUGUGGUGAUCCUUGUUGUUUUUCCUGAGACAUGUCGAGCUGUCGUGGGGAAUGGGUCAGUGCCGCCAGCCCCGUGGAAUCGUCCACUGUGGACAUUAUUUGUACAAAAUUCACGAUUCCACGAACAAGGGACCGCCGAUUACUCCACCGUCCAGGAACUGAAGAAGCGCCCAAACCCAAUUUCAGCUCUCAUGUUAGCUAUGCAGAAGGAGAUGGGAUUAAUCCUAUUGUAUGGAUCCUUCUUGUUCGCAGGGUAUAUGGCUGUUAUUAGCACUUUGUCGACCGAGUUGGCGAGUCGAUUUGGGUUCAACUCUAUUCAAAUUGGACUGUGCUAUCUUCCCAUGGGGGUUGGAAGCAUCAGCUCCCGCUGGGUAGUUGGACAACUUAUGGACUGGAACUUCCGUCGCGAGGCACAGUUGCAAGGAAUGAUCAUCCACAAGAAUCGACAGCAGGAAAUCGAAAAAUUCGAUAUCGAGCGAGCACGCCUUGCGAUCACUCUCCCACUGAUUUAUUUGGCUAGUCUUUGCAUCAUAGGCUACGGCUGGGUAAUGCAAUAUCGCACUACGCUGGCGGGGCCCCCUUGUGAUGUUGUUCUUCACUGGUCUUACAACUACAAUGCUGCCACUGCUGCUGCAGCGAAUAACUUAUUUCGUUGUCUUAUGGGCGCUGGAGCCACAGCUAUUGCGUCCCCUCUAAUCAAAUCCAUCGGCAUUGGAUGGACAGCUACAUUCAUCGCUGGCCUCUGGGUGUUGGGAAGUCCUGCUCUAUGGGUUGUUUUCUAUCGGGGAUAUCGCUGGAGAAGAGAAAUUUCCGAUAAGCGGCAAGCAUCCGAGGGCUCAUCUGAGUUAUGA